AUUAACCUCCCGUCACUCUUGUCCCCAAGCCCCCUGAAUUUAAAAUCCGUCUUUCCAAGACCAAUCCAAAUUCACCGACCUCAAAAAACCGCCAACGUGGGAUACAACUGCUCUGGGCCAGAAAAGACUAUUAGCACGCGCUCCCAUUGCUUCUCAGUCGGAGUAUGGCUCAUAAGAGUCAAGAAGCCCCAUUGGGGGAUGGAAAGGCCGGUACCGAGGUCAAUUCCGAGUCCAAUGACUCGGCCCGGCGGAGUGAAGAAGGCUUGGCAGGCGAUGGUGACUAUUCGAUCGAGAGGGUCGAGCAAGUCUACAGGAAACUCGACUUGCGAAUCAUACCAGCUUUCUGGGUCCUGUACUUUCUCUGCUCGGCCAUCAGGUCUAAUAUUGGAAUUGCCCAGACCAUGAAUGCCGAUGUGGGCCACAACUUGACGGCUGUCCUUAAGCUGACGCCACGGGAUACGUCGACGGCACUGGCCCUGUUCUAUGUGUCCUACGUCACCUUCGAUUUCCCAUCUAAUCUGAUCAUGAGCAAGCUCAGCCCCCGCGUCUGGAUGGCGCGGAUCGUCCUGGCUGUCGGCAUCAUCGGCACUUGCUUCACCGCCGUCGGGGAUGCCUGGAGCGUCAAGCUUCUGCGUUUCCUCCUCGGAGUUGUCACUGCCGGUAUGUGGCCGGGCAUGGCGUAUUACCUUACCCUGUUCUACCCUCCGUCGCGCAUGGGCAAGCGGAUCGGCAUGUACUACACUGCCGCCCAAGUCUCGGCUGCGGUGGUCGGGCUGGUGUCAGCCGGGUUCCAGGAGAUGGACGGCCUGGGAGGCCUGGUGGGUUUCCGGUGGAUGUUCCUUCUCUAUGGUCUUUUCGCCAUAGUCCUCGGCGUUGCCCUCCUUUGGUGGCUUCCGGAACGACCUCUGCCCCCUGGCGAGGAGCGCCCGCGCAGCCGGUGGAUGAAGUGGCUCCCAGCCCCUCCCGAAGCCCUCAAGGGUGAAGAUGCGGUGGUCCACUACCACGACCUCAAGCGCGUCUACCAUCCCCGCCCCUGGACUCUCAAGGACCUUGGCUACGUCCUCAUCGACCUGCGCCUUUGGCCACUUGUGCUGAUGUACUUUGGAGUUGUGGGCGUGGGUAUCGGGACGCAGCUGUACGGGAACGUGAUCAUCGCCUCGAUCAAUCCAAACUUCACUGGCAUCCAAAUCAGCUUGCUGUUUGCGCCAAUCUGGAUCAUGGACUUGUGCGCUAUCCUCAUCGUUACCCCUAUCUCUGACCGCUUCCAUCACCACCGCGCGCUCUUCUUCUCCGCGGCAGUGUGCAUCCAGAUCGCCGGGCUUCUGACGGUCACAUUCGCCUUGUCGAACCCCUGGGCAAGAUAUGGCGGUCUGCUGAUGGUCGGCUUCGGGCUCGGUCCCACCGUGCCAAUAUGCAUGACCUGGACCAGCGAGAUCUUCCAGCGCCGCCAUCGUGAAGUCGGCGUCGCAUCUGCGUCUGCCCUUGUCUCGGGCUUGGGCAAUCUGGGCAGCAUCACAACCACAUAUGCCCUCUACACGGGCUGGCCCUCGGACGCGGCUAAGGGCCCGCACCAGUUCCGCCGAAGCAACCUGGUUAUGAUUGGGAUCCUCUGCAUGAGCAUCUUGAGCAGCUUCAUGAUGACUUUCCUGCUCAAAUUCUGGGGUGACACUCCAGGCCAGAAAUCGGCAAGCAGCGGCAGCUCGGCCGUCGAGUCCUCCGACGAGUUCCAGGACGGCGCCGCCCGCCGAGAAGUGCAACAACGCGGCUUCCGGAACCUGCGGUGGGGCCGGAAGAACUAAGGACGAACCCACGAUCGAAAGGGGUGGGGGUUUUUGGUGCGAGCUGUCCUGCGAUCUUCAACAAUCGAGACAAUCUUGGCGACGACGAGCCGUUUUAUUUCUCCUCCAUGGGCAGCACAACCUGCCAUUCGAAAAUUUCCUCUUCUUCACUCUCAUUCUACUCAGCAAUCCGCGUAAUUUUCUCGGUAUCGAAGAUGGGGGGUGG